AUUUCCUUCUUAUAUAUUCCUCAACUCGCUGGCGACUCCGUCUUCACCAACUCAUUUGAAUUUGUUUCUCUUUUGAGUUUUGAAGUUGGAAGAGCUAUGGGGUCGGAGCUGAUAUACAGGGGCCACGAGUCUCAGCCUCUUUCGGAUUCGUAUUCGCCCAAACCCGAUAAACCAUGGGCCUCCGUCACCCGUCCGAUUCGUUACCUGCUGCGGGAGCAACGCCUUAUCUUCGUCCUCGUCGGCAUUGCUAUUGCCACUCUGGUUUUCGCCGCCUUCCCAACCUCACGUGCUCCCCACCACCACUUUACCGAUCCAAUCCCCGAUUCUGUCACCUACUUCCCCGUCGAAGCCCAUAACAAGUUUUCACACCCGCACCGACUCGGGUUCGAGUCGUUCAACCCGGCGGGUAAGAUUCCCUUGGGGUUAAAACGGAAAGGUUUGAGAAUCGUCGUGUCGGGCGGAGCCGGGUUCGUCGGGUCUCACCUCGUGGACCGGUUGAUUGCGAGGGGAGACAGCGUGAUCGUCGUGGAUAACUUCUUCACCGGCAGAAAAGAGAACGUCAUGCACCAUUUCGGUAACCCGAACUUCGAGCUCAUCCGACACGACGUCGUUGAGCCUUUGCUGUUGGAAGUUGACCAGAUCUACCAUCUCGCUUGCCCCGCCUCGCCAGUUCAUUACAAAUUCAACCCAGUCAAAACAAUCAAGACAAAUGUGGUGGGGACAUUGAACAUGUUAGGACUGGCGAAACGAGUCGGAGCAAGGUUCUUGUUAACUAGUACUAGUGAAGUCUACGGAGAUCCUCUUCAGCAUCCUCAGAAGGAAACUUAUUGGGGCAACGUCAAUCCAAUUGGUGUCCGGAGCUGUUACGAUGAGGGAAAACGAACUGCUGAAACACUGACCAUGGAUUAUCACAGAGGAGCCGGAGUUGAGGUUAGGAUUGCCAGGAUUUUCAAUACUUACGGACCUCGUAUGUGCAUCGACGAUGGUCGUGUCGUUAGCAACUUCGUUGCUCAGGCUUUAAGGAAGGAGCCUUUGACUGUGUAUGGUGAUGGGAAGCAGACAAGGAGUUUCCAAUAUGUUUCUGAUCUGGUGGAGGGGCUCAUGCGGUUAAUGGAAGGGGAGCAUGUUGGACCUUUUAAUCUUGGAAAUCCGGGUGAAUUCACCAUGCUCGAGCUUGCCGAGGUUGUCCAAGAAACUAUUGAUCCAAAUGCCAAGAUAGAGUUUAGACCCAACACUGAAGACGACCCACACAAGAGGAAACCCGAUAUUGCACGAGCCAAAGAGCUGCUUGGCUGGGAACCCAAGGUCUCACUUCGAAAGGGUCUCCCUCUAAUGGUUUCGGAUUUCCAGCAACGUAUCUUUGGUGAUCACAAGGAGGGGAAAAAUACCAACAACAGUGAAUCAUCGUCUUAAUGUGGCAAUGCCAUAUACACAUAUACAUAGAAUAGUUUCUGGAGGUUUCCCUUUUUGACAUGCCUUUGCCGUCUAUCUUUGUAAUUUCCAUGUCUGUUAUCCCUUGUAAGCUUUAAUUGACAGUGAGCUUUGAAGAUCUAAAACAAUUACAUUUUACCAUAUUCUUAUUGAUG